GAACUGUGGCAAGGUCAACCAUUGGGCAUAUAUCAGGCGGCACAGGCAGCCAGAAAAGUCUGUUUCUGGUGCAACAUUCACACUGUUGGUCAUGAUGAGGGGGCUGCUCGUGUUCGCUGCGCUGCUUGUGGCAGUUUUUGGCAAAGUGACGUUUGAGGGGCAUAAAGUGCUUCGAAUUGUUCCCAAGGAUGAAGUCCAGCUGUCUCUUAUCAAGGAUCUGGAGGAAAUGAUGGAGUUCGAGCUGGAUUUUUGGAAGGGGUUGACUACUGUGUCUAACCCCGUGGAUGUCAGAGUUCCCUCCCACGUUUUGAAUUCAGUCAAAGAUUACCUUGAGACACAGAACAUUGAGUACUCCACCAUGAUUGAAGACCUCCAGAUGCUUCUGGAUAUGGAGCAGAAGGUGAUGGCUGGUGCUCGUGUACCUCAGCCCCAAAACACUGAUAGCUUUGACUUCGCUAACUACCACACCCUUGAAGAGAUCUACAGCUUCCAGGACUUGCUGGUGGCUGAGAACCCCAACUUUGUCAGCAAGAUAGUGAUUGGGCAGAGCUACGAAGGCCGUCCUCUUAAUGUGCUCAAGUUCAGCACUGGUGGAACCAACCGUCCUGCCGUCUGGAUCGACACUGGAAUCCACUCCAGAGAGUGGGUCACUCAGGCCAGCGGGCUAUGGUUUGCUAAGAAGAUUGUGACUGAUUAUGGAACGGAUCCCACUCUCACCGCAAUCCUCAGUCAAUUGGACAUCUUCCUGGAGAUUGCCACCAACCCUGAUGGAUACGCCUUCACCCACAGCGGUAAUCGUAUGUGGCGUAAGACCAGGAAGCCCAAUCCUGGUUCUUCUUGUGUGGGAGUUGAUCCCAAUAGGAACUGGGAUGCUGGUUUUGGAGAACCUGGUGCCAGCAGCAGCCCCUGCUCAGAAACCUAUCGUGGACCCAGUGCAAACUCUGAGUCUGAGGUCAAGUCUAUUGUGGACUUUGUGAAGUCUCAUGCCAACAUCAAGGCCUUCAUCUCCAUCCAUUCCUACUCUCAGAUGCUCAUGUAUCCCUAUGGCUACAAAACCACUCCUGCCAAUGACGCGGCAGAACUGCACAAGGUGGCUCAAAAGGCCGUCAGUGAUCUAACCUCCCUGUAUGGUACCAAAUACGCAUACGGCAGCAUCAUCGAUACUAUCUACCAAGCCAGUGGUAACACCAUUGACUGGACCUAUGAACAGGGCAUCAAGUACUCCUACACCUUUGAGCUGAGGGAUGAGGGUCGCUAUGGCUUCCUCCUUCCUGCAUCUGAGAUCAUCCCCACCGCUCAGGAGACGUGGCUGGCUCUGAUUUCCAUCAUGGAUCACACCUACAAGAACCCAUACUAAUCUGUGUGCGUGUAUAAAAGUGGAAAUCCUACAUUUGGGAAAUGUGCCCCCAUUUUUCCAUCCCAAGAGUAAUUCAAACCCAUCACAAUCAAGGGCUGUUCAAACUUUCACAAAACCAAAAGACAAAUAAACACAAUCCAAAAUCAAAGCUGAA